AUGUACAAGUUGUGGCUUGACUGGCUCAAGGCUACCCACAAGCACUGUAUCAAAUCUGACAAGACAAUCUGGGUCUACUGGCGUCGGCUAAAAAUGUUCUAUGAGGUCAAGCACAAGGGCAAUGCUAUUGAUGAUGCAACCACAAAAGAUUGCAUCAAUUACACUUGGGCCAUGAUUGACAGAUGGGAAGAGAAGUGGGGGGUCAGAAGAGAUCCCCUUGAGGCUAGGAAUGCAAGUGGUGGCAAAGAUGACAUCUACCAGUUUUUGCGUGCCAAUUGGGAGUUGUGCAUGAAGGUGUAUGCUGAUGAGCAACAGUGGUUGCAGAACUCAGCAGGCCUCCUUCUGUCCUACAUAUCUGGCUCGCGGUUAGUCUCCCUUUUUGAAACCAAGGCCAGGGCAAAACCAUCGGCUGAAGGGGAAUUGUGGCUGCUGGAUGAAGACAAUGAAGAGAUCUCAGUGGUCACCAAUGCCGCCGGCAGAAGUUCUGCAGGCGAAAGGGGCACCCUGUCUGAACCCCUCAAGGCCAAGCUUGCCAGCGAAUAUCAAGGUGGACGCGCAAAGGUAGAGUCCUGGAUGGCACAGUCUGACAGUGACCGGUCGCAUCCACUGAAGGGGAAGAAGCACACAUAUGAUUCUCUUGAAGAGGCAGAGAUCAGCACCUCAGAGGGUGAUAUGGAGACAGAUACAGCCUAUCAGAGUGAGGCAAGUUCUGAGACCUUUGUUGAUGUUUACAGUGCUGGGGAUGACAACAUGUCUGUGCUGGACAGUGACAGCGGCACCCUCAUUAAUGUUUACAACAGUGAUGGGACUCAUGAGAACUCAUUCAAUCCCCGCAAUCUUAGUGGGGACGAUGAAUCUCUUGUUACCAACGACGGAUACCACGCGGGGGAUAAAAAGAAGGAUACAUGCCUGUGGCGCCAUAUCCCCUUCCACAUUGUCUGUGUGGAAGCACCAGGACAAUCAAACACCCUGCUGGCCAAGGUGACACUGAUCCACACCAAAGGUGAGGAUAAGAAGUGA